AUGCCGCGGACUAACGAGGUGUACGGCGGGAAUACCGGCCUCCGCCCUCGAACCGGGCCGUGUCGUUCCUUUGCUUUUGUCGUUUUAGAGGCUCUUUUCGCCCUCACGUGGAUCGAGACUGGAUUCGUAGACUUUUCGAGGAGUUUUUUCGCGCCGUGGCCCGCGCCGAUUCUCGCGCGAAGUCGAAGACGAAGGCGCGCGAGUCGUCGUCGAGGAAGCGAAUUUUCGGCGCGGGAACGAAUCGCCAGGAAUGCGAGCUCGUGGAAUCCCCGUGUGGCAGGUGCGUGGAGGAAGUCGGUCGCGGCCGAGGCGCGGCUCCUUCGCGUUUUCAAGGCGUCGGAGGUGCGCCCGACCCGGGAGAUCGGAUUCCCGUUGUGCUUCAUACGCUUGGAUGCGUGUGCGAUCGGGGGAGAGGGAAGCGGACGUCGGCGGGUCGGAAGGCCCAAGGGGGGUAAGCGAAGGGGAGGCGGGUGGGAGAUGGGUCACGGGAUGUACUGGGCGGGAGGGACGGGGGAAUGGAAGGGGGGGUUCCACUCGGGUCUCUCCAGAGCAUAUCGGAGAGCAGAGCCGUGGAAGACGGAGAUAUCCGAGAAACUCAUCGGAAGGCAGCAGAAGGAAAUGGAAGGAUUCCUGGACUACAAGCAGAUCGUCGAGAAGUCGACGUGGGUGAAGAGCGCCGUCUGCCAGUGGCUGGACGCGACGGGACUCUGGCUGGACGCGGUGAUCGAUCUCGAGACCGUCGGCGGCAGCAGCCAGGGUUUCGUCGAGAGCGGGUUCGUCCGGGUGCGGAUCAAGACCCGGCCGGGGAAGGACGUGGGUCGCCUCGUUUUCUUUCUGUCGUUCGAAAGUGCGUCGAGUCGAGGCGAAAGUGUGGGGUCUCGUCGGCAGGUGUUGGCGAGUCUGUCCGAGGUGACCUGCGUGUGGCCGCUCCUGGACCCGAAGAGGCCGACCGUGUCGGUCGAGACGGCGAAGGGGACGAAGCGUCGGCGGCCGAUCAAGGUCGCCUUCCCGAGCGAGACGGAGAUGGAAGACUGGCUGGCGCAGCUCGGUUACGGCGUGAUGCAGGUCCGAGGGCAGACGGAGAGCCCGAAGAAGAACGCGGUGUGGGCCACGACGGGGCGAGGGGACGUGUUCGUCUGGGAUCCGCCGGAGGAUCCGAGCGCCGCGGUCCCGGAGGACGAUCCCGAUCGGGCGACGAAGAUGUACUGGAGGCAGAUCGGGGGUCACCUGCUGAAGGUGGAGACGUCGCCUGCCGGGGUCGUCUGGGGCCUCGGGUACGACGGGACCUGCUGGGCGUACACCCGAGGAUACGGAGGGGAACCGUGGAAGAGUGGCUAUAUCUCUUUUUACACGCACUACUUGCUUCUGAAAACUUCUGGGCUGAGAUUGCCUUGCCAUAUGGCGAAGGUGCUUAGAGAGGAACUGCACUCAUCUGAAUCUGAACGAAAUGACUCCUUGUGUGACGAAAAUUUCCGGGUUCCAGGCAUCCAUGCCCGUGAAGAUGACCACGUACUAACCGCUCAGCAUCAGAUGGAACUUCAAACUUCAAGUCGAUACUUAAUCCACGAGAACGAUGACGCCUGGAUGACGGGAAGCAUAGAUUAUCCUGGCCUUUUGGGCCUGUGUUGUGUGUUGGACGAAGGCAUGUAUGCCGCUUGGUUUCCGGGAUACGCCGCCGCAAAAGGCUUCAUAUGUACAAGACAGACUCACUAUAAACCCAUGAUCGCGGACAAUGACUGGGAGAAGGAGCUGGAUCACCUUGGCUUUGAACUUGGGAAUCGCAGUUCAAGGACAGAAAAAGAAGCGCUAAUAGGGCCGUCACGAGAGCCAGGAGGAGAGAAGUCUACCGUGAAUGGAUUGUUUGUGCAAGUUCAUGCUGACACAGUGAGACUUCGUCAGCAGUUAGAGAGUAGUUUGGAGGAGGGCAGGAGUGUAUUUGAUUGGGAGAAUGCCAGGCACCAGGACCUUCAAGUCAUUGGGGACACCCUGAAACCCUGA